UAGAUGCGCAUGAAGCGUCUCCAUCACUCCAUCAUAAAAAAAUGAAAGGUGCUAAUAUUGGAUAUCUGUUAUCGCGAAGGGACAUAUUUUUCAUGCAUGAAUUGUAACGGUUUUGGUUUUCUUGUCGUGUAAGGAUGUGGAACAGGCUUCCUGAAUGCCAGGUGCUGCUUUGGUGGCAUAUUUUCUUUCUCUUGUGGAGUACAAUUGACGGACAGACUCGCUAUACCAUCCCGGAGGAACUGAAACAGGGCUCUGUUGUAGGAAAUCUAGCCAAAGAUCUGGGCUUGGGACUGUCUGAGAUUUUUGACCGUAAAUUGCGCGUCGCCUCCGAGGCUGGGAAGCAGUAUUUCAGAGUGGAUGCGGGGAAGGGCGAGCUGGUCGUCAAUGAGAGGAUAGACAGAGAGACUUUAUGUGGACAAAGCGCGAGCUGCAUAUUACCGCUGCAGGUUGUCAUUGAGAACCCCUUACAGUUACAUCGUAUUGAGGUGGAAGUACGAGACAUAAAUGACAAUUCACCUACUUUCACCAGCAAUGACAUUACGUUAGAAAUAGCAGAAUCAACCGUUGUCGGUGUGCGUUUCCAUUUGGAAAGCGCAGAAGACGCUGAUGUUGGCAGUAGUGCACUAAAAUCGUACACUCUCAGCAAAGACGAAUGUUUCAGUUUAAAAGUAAAAGAAAUUGAGGAUGGGAGGAGGGUUCCUGAGUUGGUUUUAGAGAAGCCUCUGGACAGAGAGAAAAAAGCUACCCAUAAACUAUUAUUGACAGCGCUAGACGGAGGAAACCCCGUCAAAUCCGGGACUUCACAAAUUACUAUAACCGUUCUGGACAAUAAUGAUAACAUGCCUGUAUUUGAAAAGACAGUGUAUAAAGUUAAGAUUCGAGAAAAUAGCUCUAAAAGUACAUCUGUUUUGAAACUGAAAGCAACAGACGCAGACGAAGGUCCAAAUGGAGACAUACUGUAUUCUUUUGGAAAGCGCACACCUGAUUCUGUGCUAUCGAUGUUUGAAAUUGAUGCGUUGACUGGUGAAAUGUUUUUGAACGGUGAACUCGAUUACGAGAAGGAUUCCUCAUAUCGUAUUGAUAUUCGUGCGAAAGAUAAAGGAACGCCUGAAAUGGAAGGACAUUGUCGCGUGCAGGUAGAUGUGAUAGACGUUAAUGAUAAUGCCCCAGAAAUUGUCCUUACCUCUCAACCGAGCCCUGUGCGCGAGGAUGCACCAAGUGGCACGGUGGUUGCUUUAUUAAGCGUGCGGGACCUUGACUCUGGGGAUAACGGUAAAAUGACGUUACAACUCCCAAAGGGUUACCCUUUUACUCUGAAAUCGUCAUUUUCUAAUAAUUACGCACUGGUCACAAGUGAAGCUCUGGACCGAGAGAGUUUCUCACAGUAUAAUAUUGAAAUAACAGCCACUGAUUCUGGCUCUCCUCCCCUCACCACGAAAAAAACAAUACCUGUCAGUAUCACUGAUGUAAACGAUAAUCCCCCUAAAUUUAGCCAUCCCUCCUAUAAUGUGCAUUUGAAAGAGAAUGGUUUCCCAGGCUCCAUACUCUACUCGAUAUCCGCAACUGACCUGGAUUUAGGAGACAAUGCCAAGAUCUCUUACUCCAUCCUGGACUCCAAGGUGCAGGACGUGUCUGUGUCCUCCUAUGUAUACAUGAACUCUGAUAACGGCAGCAUCUACAGCAUGCACUCGUUCGACUAUGAGAAACUCAAGGUGUUUCAGAUUCAGGUACAGGCAAAGGACCACGGCUCUCCAUCUUUGAGCAGCAACGCUACUGUCCAUGUUUUUAUCCUGGACCAGAAUGACAAUGCCCCCGCUGUCAUUUACCCCUCCGCUGCCCUGGGCUCGCUCUCUCAUCAGAAGAUGCCCCGCUCUGCUAAAGCAGGCCACCUGGUUACCAAGGUGACGGCCGUGGACGCAGACUCGGGCCACAACGCCUGGAUCUCCUAUAAACUGGCGGAGGCCACAGAUGCGUCUCUGUUCAGUGUCAAUAUUUACACGGGGGAGGUGAGGACUAAACGCGCUGUGUCUGAGCAGGAUGACUCCUCUCAGAGGCUGCUAAUAGAGAUAAAAGACGACGGGGAGCCGGUCCAGUCAACCACAGUCACGGUGGCCAUACUGAUAGAGGACGGGCUACACGAACCCAUCUUAGACCUCCGACAGAAAGCGCCUGAGCCCAGUAAGAAAAACGGUAGAAUCACCCUCUAUCUGAUCCUCUCUCUGGCCUCGGUGUCCGUUCUUUCUGUGCUGACUUUUGUUAUCUUAACUGUGAGGUGCGUUAAAAACAGCAGCGGUAGUUGCUGCAUGAGACGGGCCGACUAUGACGGUUACACGAACCCCAACAGAAACCUGCAGAUCCAGCUCAACAGUGACGGGCCUAUUAAGUACGUGGAGGUCCUGGGAGGGGACAUGUUGUCUCAGAGUCAGUCUUUCAGGUCCUGCCUCUCUCCCAUGUCAGAGUUCAGUGAUUUCACCUUCGUUAAGCCCAGCAGCACCACUGACUUUAAGGAGAUGAUCAGCGUUCUAGACGCGUCUUUACCCGACAGCGCCUGGACCUUUGAGAGCCAGCAGGUGAGGAGAAAAAAUAUUUAUUGUGAUGCUGACCAUUUUGGCUUUACUUCGUUUAAUUUUCAUCGCAUUUACUGA